AUGGCCAUCUUGCUGUUUGUUGUUCCAUUGGUUGUGGUUUUUGGGUUGGUUACUUUGUUGGGUCCAAAAACCUCCAACUGGGUUCUCAUAUCUAAUUCUUACCCUUGGCUAUGGAACUCACAGAGCUCCAGCCCCUCUUUGAACUUGACCGGUGCUUCAAAUUCUUCUUCAGAGUUUCCUCCAAUAAACGAUGACGUUUUGGGGUUGAGAUCGUCGGUUGUUGUGGUGGAUAUGCACAGCAUAGAAGAAGCUCACUCGGAUGACUCUCUGCAAAAUCGAUCUUCUUCUCCUCCACUCUCCAUUGAAGAAGCUGUACCACCAACACUUGAACAAACAAAUGGUACAAGGCGACACGACUACGCGAAUGAGACGCAGGUUUCUAUUGUGAAGGCUGAAGGACAACGAAAAAAUACUAAUUUAGGGUGGCUGGAGGCCCGCCUUAGAAGAGCUCGAGCUGCCAUAAGAGAAGCUAAAUUUGGAAAUCAAACACAAGAUGUGGACUACAUUCCAAAUGGUCCCAUGUAUUGGAAAGCCAAUGCCUUUCAAAGGAGCUACUUGGAGAUGGAGAAACGGUUCAAGGUUUUUGUUUAUGGAGAAGGGGAACCCCCAUUGUUUCAUAACGGCCCUUGCAAGAGCAUAUAUUCAAUGGAGGGGAAUUUUAUCCAUGAAAUUGAGGUGAAUAAGCAAUUUCGGACCCACGACCCUGAGAAAGCACAUGUUUUUUUUCUUCCUUUCAGCGUGACAAUGUUGGUCCGCUUUGUGUAUGUGCGUGACUCACAUGAUUUUGGUCCCAUUAGACAAACAGUAAGAGACUAUGUCAAUAUUGUCUCUGGAAAAUAUUCCUAUUGGAACCGAAGCCUUGGAGCUGAUCACUUUAUGCUUGCUUGCCAUGAUUGGGGGCCAGAAACUUCAAACUCAGAUCCUCAUCUUCGAAAAAACUCCAUUCGUGUUUUAUGCAAUGCAAAUACCUCAGAAGGGUUCAACCCUUCUAAGGAUGUAUCCUUUCCGGAAAUCAAUCUUCAAACUGGUGACACACAUGGGUUUCUUGGCGGGCCUUCUCCAAGGCUACGCUCAAUCCUAGCUUUCUUUGCCGGAGGGGUUCACGGCCCUAUUAGGCCGGUGCUGCUAGAGCAUUGGGAGAACAAGGACGAGGAUUUACGGGUGCAUCAGUACCUUCCAAAGGGUAUUUCUUACUAUGACAUGAUGAGACAUAGCAAGUUCUGCCUCUGCCCAAGUGGAUAUGAAGUUGCAAGCCCAAGGGUAGUGGAGGCAAUUUACACUGGGUGUGUUCCUGUGCUGAUUUCAGACCAUUAUGUGCCACCAUUCAGUGAUGUUUUGAAUUGGAAGUCUUUCUCUGUGGAGGUUAAAGUGAGUGAAAUUCCCAAUUUGAAGAACAUACUAAUGAGCAUUUCUACAAAACAGUACAUAAGAAUGCAGAGGAGAGUGGUACAAGUAAGGAAGCAUUUCGAGGUCAAUUCUCCUCCCAAGCGAUUUGAUGUGUUCCAUAUGAUCCUCCAUUCUAUAUGGCUCAGAAGAUUGAAUGUUAGAGUGCAUGAUGAUCAAUUAGACCUUUUAAGUGCAUGA